AUGUCGAGUGUCUCAUCCGUCGUCUCGGCCGCCACGACGACUGUGUCUUCGGCGGCGGCCACCUCCACCAUCCGAGCCGCUGAGCAGGGCGGCGUGAUAGACGGGGCUAACCCUUCCAAAUACGACCCGCAACACCCCAUCAUCCUGUUCAUCAUACAGGCUGGACUGAUCAUCACGGUAUGCCACCUCCUACACUGGCCGCUGGCCAAGAUUCGACAGCCUCGAGUCAUUGCCGAGGUCCUUGGCGGCAUCAUCCUCGGGCCCUCGGUGAUGGGAAGGAUUCCCGGCUUCCAGGAUGCCAUUUUCCCCGCCGCUUCCAUUCCCAAUCUCAACAAUGUCGCAAACCUCGGGCUGAUCCUCUACCUAUUCCUCAUCGGUCUCGAAACAGAUGUGCGCUUCUUGGUCAGUAACUGGCGCGUUGCCACCUCGGUCGCUGUCGCAGGACUCGCUCUUCCCUUCGGCAUCGGUUGCGCUUUGGCAUAUGGUGUUUACCAUGCCUUCCGGGGCGAUGCUGGACUGCAGCCCAUCAAGUUCAGUGUUUACAUGCUCUUCAUCGGCAUUGCCGUGGCCAUCACAGCUUUUCCGGUGCUGUGCCGUAUCCUGACGGAGCUCAAACUUCUCGAUACCAGUGUGGGUGUUGUUACCCUGUCAGCUGGUGUCGCAAACGACGUCGUCGGCUGGAUCCUCCUUGCCCUUUGCGUGGCGCUUGUCAAUGCAGGGUCGGGCCUCAACUCUGUUUGGAUUCUGCUCUCCGCUCUCGGAUUCCUGCUACUGCUGCUACUCGCCAUCCAACCUGCUCUCUAUUGGGUGCUGCGACGCUCUGGCAGCAUCGAGAACGGUCCGUCCCAGAGCAUCAUCUCGCUGAUCCUACUCAUCGCCCUUGCGUCAUCAUUCUUCACUGGAAUCAUCGGGAUUCAUCCUAUUUUCGGUAGUUUCAUGGCGGGCCUCAUUGUUCCUCGCAACGACCGUUUCAACAUUCGCGUGACCGAGAAGCUCGAAGAUCUGAUUGGGGCGCUGUUCUUGCCUCUGUACUUUACCCUGUCUGGCUUGAGCACCAAUCUGGGACUUCUUGAUUCUGGAGCUGCUUGGGGUUACGUGUUUGCCACCACCUUUGCCGCCUUCUUCUCCAAGAUUAUCAGCGCUUCCCUAGCGGCCCGCUUCAUGGGCCUCGUAUGGCGAGAAUCCUUUACCAUUGGUGUCCUCAUGAGUUGUAAAGGUUUGGUAGAACUCAUUGUCUUGAAUAUUGGUCUGCAAGCAAACAUUUUGAGCACCAGAACCUUCACCAUCUUCGUGGUCAUGGCCCUCAUCACCACGUUCGCCACGACGCCGAUUGUGUCAGUCCUAUAUCCGCCGUGGUACCAGCAGAAAAUCGAAGCCUGGAAGCGAGGAGAGAUCGACUGGGACACGGGCGCCCCCAUUUCCACUGCUUCUCGUUCCAGCGACUCCAAGGCACCUCCAGCCCCUGUCGAGAGGGUAAACCGCCUCCUCGUCUACCUCAGGCUGGACAACAUGCCUUCCCUCCUGCAGCUCCUGGCCUUGUUUGGCGAUCAGUCGCCACCCCAACCCGAAACUGCAACGGCCAAGGAAGCGGACGAAGCCGUCGCCGACGCAUCCAGCCCAGCCGAAACGGCGGAAAAGACGGUCUGGGCGCACGGAAUCCGCCUUUUGCAGCUCACCGAUCGCGACUCCUCCGUCAUGACCGUCGCCCAAGUCGAUGACUACAGUCGCCAUGAUCCCGUCGUCAACACCUUCCGAACCGUCGGGCAGCUGCACAACCUCGCCGCCUCCGGGGAGGUGGCCAUCAUGCCGGAAUCCCGCUUCGCCGAAGCCCUGGCCACCAAAUCGGCCAAGAUGUCGUCCGACCUCGUUCUCGUUCCCUGGACCGAGACGGGCGCCAUGGGCGACGCGCAGGUCCUCGCCUCCACCUCCAUCGACGACAAGAUUGGGUCGUCGUACGGGUCGUUUGUCAGGUCCGUCUUCGAGCUCAAGGAUAGCAACGUGGCCGUCUUCUUCUCCCGCGGCGACGCCGCCGCCGCCGCCGCCGCUGUCGAGAGCAAGGGCAAGAACGGCGAGCGCUCCAAGCUCCUGCGCACCUACUCGUUCGGCGCGUUGAGGGACGACCUGCCCGCCGCGCCGGCCGCCAACAAGCCGUAUCACAUACUCCUCGUGUACUUUGGCGGUGAGGACGACAGGCUGGCCCUCCGACUGGUUCUCCAGCUCUGCGAAAAGUCGAGAGCGACAGCAAAGAUCUUCCGCGCAGCGGCCUCGGCCGCCGCCGACGACGACGCCGUCGACAACGCCUCGAGCCGACUGCCGCAGAGCGUGGCGUCCCGCGUCAAGUUUGAGACUGCGACGGGCCACACCACAAUGGAGGAGCUCCUGCAGUACGCCACAUCGGAGACCGAGUCAGACGUGCCGGAAUCCAAGGCCGGUCCGAAACUGCUAGUCGUUGGUCGCAGAGAUGGCGCCCACGUAGACGAGGGCAAGCUCGUCCACAAGUCGAGAGACGACCUGCGCACGUGCCUGGGUAGUCUGGCGGGCAGCUUUGUCGCUGGUGGCGUGAGGGCAGAUCUGCUGGUUGUGCAGGCAAAGACUGCUGGCGAGAGCAGCUGA